GAUCAAAACUCUUUAUGAUACAUUAUUAUUUAGAAAUUGAAAGAAAAGAUUAGAUUCUGCAGCGCAUCAUUGAAAAUAUUAAUGAAUGAAGCUAUUUAUUUCUAAAAAUAUAUUGAUCAUACUAAAUCCAUUACAAUUUCAUCUUUUCUGUUUUUUUUAAUGAAAAAUUAAAAUUUUAUAAAAUUCAAAAAUUUUUUAUAAAGCUAAGAAUCUAAAUUUUCUAUUAAUUAAAAUAAAUUUGAAAAUUUUAUUCUUUUCUUUUAUAUUUCUAAAAAAAUAUAUCGAUCUUUAAUGGGUCGAGGAUCCAUGAUUAUGAUACAGCACUGUAGCCACAUUUGGUGACUGGUGAAGGAGCAAUUGGAGAGAGGGGGGGAUAGGUGAUUACGUACGCCAUACGUCUCAUGUGUGGAUCAACAUCUCUCAGAGUUACAGCUACAGUUCUCCUUGAAGAUCUUCAGUAUGAAUCGAGACGGUUGAAUAGUACAAUGAUGCUUAUCGUACUCUUGUUCUUCUGUGGCACGAUCAUUGCCAGUAAUGAUACUCUAUACAACAUAAUCCCAAGUGACGAGCGCAUAGAUUUAAAAGAGCAGAGUAAAGAGGAUAGAUAUCCACAGAAUAGAACUCUGAAUGAGCUCUUCAUGGAUGCUGUUCAUGCUUAUCUCGAGGAAGACUGGGACUACUGUAUUGAAAACUUCAACGCAGUUUCUCAUGGAUAUAAAGUUUAUAAGCGAAUGAUAAUAAACUGUAGGAAAAAAUGCCGUAUAUAUGCUGCCGGUACGGCACCAAUUUUCCCAGAAAACAUUGAAGAUUUGCAUUUUUAUGAAAAAAAAGUGAGAGAGACACUCUGUCUUUUAACGUGCAAUCAGGAAUAUCGUGAAAUCGCCGGUUCAAAGGCGCUCAAAAUGUUGUCACGUGAUAUUGAACAAAAAUUAGUGGAACGUCGUGUUUAUGAAUACUUGCAUAAUUGUUAUUAUCAGAAAAAUCGAUAUCAAGAUGCUGCCAAUGCGUUGUUUACUUUCUUAGUUGUUCAUCCAGAUAACGAGAUAAACAUGAACAUUUUUAAACGUUAUUUAACACUACCAGGGGUGCAGACAGAAAAUGUAGUAAAUUUAGAAACACCAUUUUAUGUCAAUAUUUACUUUAAAGGAGUCUCAGCUUAUGAGAACGAAGAUUACGCAAAAGCUAUCAGUUUGUUCGAAACAUCGUUACAAUUGUACUUAGAAGAAGAAGAAGAAUGCAGAUUUUAUUGCGAAGGUCCUUUUGAUCAAGGCUGGCAUCCGGAAUUUACUUCCUCAAUCGCUAAUCAUUUUGCGUAUUGUUUGAAAUGCAAACGAGCUUGUUCACGUAUGUUAAACAAUGUAAAUGGCGAUUACCGCAGAGACAUGCUCAGGAGUCACUAUGAUUAUUUACAAUUCUCUUAUUAUAAAUUGGGAAAAUUGAAGGCAGCUUGCGCCGCAGUAGAAAGUUUUUUACUUUUCGAUCCUGUAGACACAAGAAUGCUAGAAAACAGAAAAUACUAUAGUAUUCAGCCAAAAGUAAAGGAAGAUUAUUUUUCUCCUAGACAGGAAAUCAUUAUUUACCUAAAAAGACAAGAAUAUGAAUUAAGUGUCUUGCAUUAUAUUUCUAACGAAUUUUUAACUAUAGAUAAAAAAUUCAAAAAAAAUAAAAAAAAGAAGAAGCAGGAAAAAGAAAUAAACAAUACUAAAGCAAAAAAAUUAAAAAAGAAAUCAGAUGUUGAAGUAGUACGACACCCAUCACCAGGCCAUUCGUUUUCUUACACGAAAUUGUUGAAUAAUCUUUCUAUGAAACGAAUUAAGGAUCACGAAAUAUUCAAUAUUCAAAAGCAACGUAGAAUUAAAAAUGAUAUUAAUACAAUAGCAAAAGAGCAAGAUCUUGGUGGAAUAAAUCGCUAUGUAACUGAUGGCUUUCUUAAUUCUAUCGAAUGUGAAUCUUUAAUGCAAUUUGCCUCUAUAACCACUAUAGAAGGAGAUGGUUAUACUGAAAAUAAAAGUCCACAUUCAAAAUACGAAAAAUUUGAAGGAAUAACUAUAGGAAGAGUUGCCUUGAUGGUUUAUAUCGGGAAAAUAGAACCAGAAUGGUUAGAAUUACUUUUAGAAAAGACCGAACAAGUCCGGGACAAUGUGGAUAGGUAUUUCGGACUAGAUCGACACCUAUAUUUCACCUACACUCAUUUGGUCUGCCGUACGGCUCUACCUGACUCGCCAAUAGAUCGAGAUGACUUGAGUCAUCAAGUUCACGCCGACAAUUGUCUUUUGAAUAGUAAUGAUACUUGUCUUCGUGAAAGUCCAGCUUAUAUUUGGAGAGAUUAUUCUGCAAUUUUAUAUCUAAAUGAUGAUUUCCAAGGUGGAGAAUUUUUUUUUGCUAAAGAUCGCACUAUUCGUGCAAUGGAUAACAUAGUUUCGCCACGUUGUGGACGAAUGGUGGCAUUUUCUGCCGGUGAAGAGAAUCUUCAUGGGGUUCGUGCCAUUUCACGAGGUAAAAGAUGUGCUUUGGCAUUAUGGUUCACUCAAAAUAAGAUAUACUUGGAAUAUGAAAGGAUAUUAGCUUUGGCAAUUUUAAAAAGAGUUAAACAAAUUGGUCCUUUUAAAGAAAAAAACAUUCAAAUACCUCUAAAAUAUGAAGAUAUACUCGUUAAAUAUGUUCAUAAUGAUGAAUUAUUAAAAUAUUUUUUAAAAAAUUUUCGAUAAAAGAAGUACAGUUAAAUAGUUGGAUGGUAGCUACAAUAUUUUAUUAUAAUUUUUAGAAGUUUUUUUAUGAAAAAAUAACAAUUUAAAGAAUAAUAUAUUUUUAUGCCUGAUAUUUAAAUUAGGGACCUGAAAAAAUGUAUUGUUAAUAAUUAAUGCAUUCGUUAUCACUGUAAAAAAAUAUUUUGAUUAUAUUAAUUUUACACAAUAUUAAAAAAAUGAAAAAAAAUUAAGAAUAUAAUGAGUAAAUAUAAUCAUGCAUAAUUAUCUGAAUACAAAAAAUUUGUUAUAAAUAUUAAUAAAUAGUAUUCAAUAUAAAAGAAUUGAGAUAUGAUAUCAUAUACAGAAAGUUAAUAUAUUUAUGGGAUAUUUUUGGACAUCGUUUAUUUUAAAGAUAAAAUAAACAUAAUUAUUCAUUAAAUUAUAAGUAAUUUACAUUUAUGUUAGAUGAAACUGAACACAGAUGAAAUGUAUCGAAGAUAAAGUCGUCUUUAUUUUAUAUUUCUGAAUACUAACUUUUAUGUUUAUUUUGAUUUCUAAAAUCGAUCUUUCAUAAAUAUCCCAUUAUAUAUUAAUUGUAUAUGUAUAUAUGAUGUGUGGUAGCGAAGGUAUUAAUAAACAUGAUAAUGAACAUUGAUAAAUAUACAUAUAUCGAACUGUAAAUUCAAUUUUUCUGUACUUAUAACAGACAUCGCAUUAUUAUAAUUAUUUAUCUUAUAUAAAUUAUAAACAAUUAAUUUUUGUAAAAUUAACUGCUUCAAACAAGUAUGUUUGCUUAUAUAAAUUUACUGUAGAUUAUUUUUAUAUUAUAUAUAUUAUAUAAAAUAUAUAAAA